GGUUGAACCAGGCUGAAUGCAUCUGUUCGGACACAGUAUGGCGGGUCCUUCUGGAAAGUCGCAAGCCAUCAACUAGACUUACCUAUGAGGCGAAGUGGAAGAGUUUUCCAGCUGGUGCGCUCAGCGGCAGGUACCCCCACCCCAGGCUUCCAUUUCGUGCAUUGUGGACUACCUGAUGUCCCUAAAGGACCAACACCUAGCCUUUGGAUCCCUUAAGGUCCACCUUGCGGCCAUUUCUGCAUUCCACCCAGGCGCGGCGGCGCGUUCUGUGUUUGCACAUCCGAUCGUGCGGCGUUUUCUCAAAGGCCUGGAGAAAAUCCAUCCUCCAACGAAGUCACCCAUGCCUGCAUGGGACCUCAACCUGGUCCUCUCCUGCCUUAUGGGUCCUCCUUUCGAGCCGCUGGCCACCUGUUCUCUUCUCUAUCUCUCCUGGAAGGUCACCUUCCUAGUGGCCAUCACUUCCGCACGACGGGUCUCCGAAUUACGUGCUCUCACCUGUGAGCCACCCUAUACCAUCUUUCAACUAAGACCUCACCCGGCCUUUCUACCAAAGGUGCUAUCCCGCUUCCACGUGAGCCAGGAUAUCUUCUUACCAGUUUUCUAUCCAAAACCGCAUGCUCACCUGCAUGAACAACGCCUUCAUUCUCUCGAUGUUAGAAGGACGCUCACCUUCUAUAUAGACCGGACAAAGCCCUUUCGUAAAACAACCCAGUUGUUUGUCGCCAUUGCAAAGCAGAUAAAAGGCGCCCCGGUUUCCUCUCAAUUAAUAUUUUUGUGGCUCACCGGAUGCAUUUGUGCUUGCUAUAAUCUGGCAAACGUCCUUCCGCCUGCUGUUACAGCUCACUCCACGAGAGCUCAAGCGUAAUCAGCUGCCUUUCUGGCACACAUUCCUCUCCAGGAAAUCUGCAGGGCUGCCACGUGGGCCUCGAUUCAUACCUUCACGUCCCACUAUGCCAUCGUCCAGCACUCUCGGGAUAAUGCAGCCUUUGGCGGAGCAAUCCUUCAAUCUGUGGUUCCUUGACUCUGACCCCACCUCCGAGGUAAGG